AUGGAAAAAAAAACAACUAAUUGUUGUUCUAAAAAUGGUCCUGGAUAUAAAUCACCUAAAGAUGCUUUUUUAAAUGGUCCAAGAGAAAAGGUAUUAUUUGUUACAUGUCCAAAUAUUAAUAAAGGUGGUCAUGAUAUAAUAGCUUGUGUUGAUGUUGAUCCAGAAAGUGAAACAUUUUCUAAAGUAAUUAAUUAUGUUAAACUUCCUUAUGAAAAUGAUGAAGUUCACCACUCUGGAUGGAAUACAUGUAGUAGUUGUUAUGAUGACUCCUCAUUAACCCGAUCCCAUCUUAUUAUUCCAUGUUUAAAUUCUUCCAGAAUUUAUGUUAUCAAUACUAGGGAACCAAAAAAUUUAAAAAUAGAUGUUAUAGUUGAACCAGAAAAAAUUUUAAAUUUUAAUGUUUCCUUUCCACAUACUUCACAUUGUUUAGCUGAUGGAAAUAUAAUGAUAAGUACUUUGGGUGAUAAAGAUGGUAAUGAAAGAGGUAAUUUUAUUUUACUUGAUGGUAAGACAUUCCAACCAAAGAAAACUUGGAUUAAGGAAGGUACUAUGGAACCACAAUUUAACUAUGAUUUUUGGUAUCAACCAAGAUGUAAUGUUAUGAUUAGUUCAGAAUGGGGUACUCCAAAUGCCAUUAAAAAUGGUUUUAAAAUUGAAGAUGUUAAAAAUGGAAAAUAUGGUAACAAAGUUUAUAUAUUUAAUUGGAAAGAAAAAAAAAUUCAACAAACUAUUGAAUUACCAGGACCAGAGUGUCAAAUACCAUUAGAAGUACGUUUUUAUCAUGAACCAUCAAAAGCUCAUGCAUUUGUCGGUACAGCUCUAGGAUCAUCAAUUUUCCAUUUAUAUGAUGAUGGUAGUGGAAAAUAUAAAAGUAGAUUGGCUGCUUCUAUACCAUCUGUUAAAGUUUCUGGAUGGGCUAUGGAUGAUAUGCCAGCCUUAAUAACUGACAUUCUCAUUUCAAUGGAUGAUAAAUAUUUAUAUGCAUCAUGUUGGCUUCAUGGUAUUAUCAAACAAUAUGAUAUUUCAGAUCCAUUUAAUAUAACACUAAAUAGUGAAAUUAACAUAAGUGGUAGUUUGCAUAAAGAGACAAAUGUUAAAAUAGUUGAUAAAGAUUAUCCUCAACCGAAUCCCACUUUUAUUAAUGGAACAAAAAUUGAAGGAGGCCCACAAAUGCUUCAAUUAAGUUUAGAUGGAAAACGUUUAUAUGUUAGUACUUCAUUAUACUUAAAGUGGGAUCAAACUUUUUAUCCAAAUCUUGCCUCAAGAGGUGGUACUAUUUUAAAAAUUGAUAUUAAUGAAAAAGAUGGAAAAAUGAUAUUGGAUGAAAAUUUUUUGGUUGAUUUUAAAAAUAUUGAUGGAUCAUCUUAUCUUCCUCAUGAAAUGAGAUAUCCUGGUGGUGAUUGUACUAGUGAUAUAUGGUUAUAA